AUGUCAGAGCUACUAUUGUGUUACAAUAAGGGAUGUGCUCAGAAAUUUAGUCCUGAAGAAAAUAAGGAAGAUUCAUGUCGAUUUCACCCUGGUGAGCCAAUUUUCCAUGAUGCGAAGAAAAAGUGGUCUUGUUGCAAUAAAUACAGUACAGAUUUCUCGGAAUUCUUGAGUAUAAAAGGAUGUACUGUAGGAAAGCACAGUAAUAUACGCCCAGAAAACCCAAAAGAGCAGAAAAAAACUGAAGUUCCAACUAAUCCGGUUGCUCCACCUGCACUUACAGUUCCCAAACCAGUCGAAUUGCCAAGACCAUCUUGCACAGAGACCACAUAUGAUUUGCCGGUUGAAAUCACAUCGAAUUUGAAAGCAGCAUUAGAAAAGUUAUCAUUAGAUCCAUCCUUUAAACCUUUACAGAACUCCUCAACUGAAAACAAUAACAAAGGGAGUUAUCCAGUUGGUACGACCUGUAAAAACAGUGGUUGUAAACAGAUCUAUACAGGAACUGAAUCCGAUUGUGAAUUGUGUUUAUAUCAUCCGGGUGUAGCUGUAUUCCAUGAAGGAAUGAAAUAUUGGAGUUGUUGUAAUCAGAAAACUAGUGAAUUUGAAACAUUUGUCAAACAGAUUGGAUGUACUACUGGUCGUCAUAACUGGACUGUUGAAGAUGCAAAGUCGACUAAUUUAGCAUUAUCAUCAGUUCAGUCAGAGGUGAAUUGUCGUUUCGAUUGGUAUCAAUCAGGUGGUUAUGUGACAUUGAAUAUUUAUGCAAAGAAUAUUUGGCCUGAAAGUGUAUCAGUUAAAGCUAAUCAAGUGUAUUUAUGUGUUUUAUUGAAAUUUGGUUUAAAUUAUCAAACAUUUUCACGUGAUUUCAAUCUUUAUGGUAUUAUAAAUCCACAAAUGUCGACUGUAAAAUUGAUGCCAAUGAAAGCUGAAAUUAUUCUCAAAAAAGUUGAUCCUAUAUCUUGGUCUAAACUUGAAUAUAA